AUGGGAACAGGAGACAGACUCCUCGAUAUUCCUUGUAAAGUGUGUGGGGACAGGAGCUCUGGCAAACAUUACGGGAUCUACAGCUGCGACGGGUGUUCGGGUUUCUUCAAGAGAAGCAUCCACAGGAAUCGCGUUUACACCUGCAAGGCGACGGGGGAUAUGAAAGGAAGGUGUCCUGUUGAUAAGACGCAUCGUAAUCAGUGCCGGGCUUGUCGGUUGUCCAAGUGUUUCCAGGCCAGCAUGAAUAAAGACGCCGUUCAGCAUGAGCGAGGCCCUCGAAAACCUAAACUGCAGCCCUCCUCCAACCCCCAAAUGCAACCUUCGUCUGUGGCUCACAGUCUACAACAACACAUGCCGGUAGGCGACAAGUUACCGUCGAGUUCGACGUCACUCCAUUUCCCGCCAGGCCUGUUCGGACCGCCUCGUCCACUCAAAGCUCUUACCUUGCCGCCGCCGCCGGUCCCCAGCCCUACGUCACAUAUUGACGCUUUACCGCCCUCGAUGUUUCAUCCCCCGGCUCUGCCGCCGCCGCCCGGACUCUUACACAUACUCAUGUCGGCCGAAAAAUGCCAGGAACUGGUGUGGGGCACGAGGCUCUCUCAGAUGGAGUCCCCCUCGUCCAGCGACACCAACUCUGGAAUAAACAUCAGUCCGGGGAUUCCGGUGACGCAGCCGCCGCCGAUGGCCCCUCUGCCCCUCACUCCCACCUGGGAGAUGCUCCAGGAAACGACCGCCCGACUGCUGUUUAUGGCAGUGCGAUGGGUGAGGUGCUUGGCGCCCUUCCAGACCCUGAGCAAACACGACCAGCUCCUGCUGCUGCAGGAGUCGUGGAAGGAGCUUUUCCUGCUGCACUUAGCCCAGUGGUCGGUGCCGUGGGACCUCUCGGCCUUGAUGGGAUGCCCGCAGGCGAGGGAGCGGCUGCCGGCGGACAUACACACCGCCACCGAAAUCAAGACCAUCCAGGAAAUCAUGUGUCGCUUUCGCCAAAUCUCACCCGACGGUAGCGAAUGCGGCUGCAUGAAAGCAAUCAUUCUCUUCACUCCCGAAACAGCGGGUUUGUGUGACGUACAACCGGUCGAAAUGCUGCAAGACCAAGCCCAGUGUAUACUAGGGGAUUAUGUCCGUACCCGAUAUCCUCGACAGCCCACCAGAUUCGGGAGGUUACUCCUUCUGGUACCCAGUCUGCGAGCUAUUCGCUCGCUUACGGUCGAGCUACUGUUUUUCAAGGAGACCAUAGGGGAAAUCCCGAUUACGCAGCUCCUGGGAGACAUGUACUAUAUGGAAAAAUGUGCAAACGCCCCUCCAUAA